AUGUCGUCGAACCUCGUCCACCACUCGGGGCGCCAGCCAGACGUGGCCCUAGUCAACGACGAUGACUUCCCUUACGAGCAAGACGUGCAACGCAACCCCGGAAACACCAAGCCAUGGCUGGCCUAUAUCGAGUUCAAGCUCCAGCACGGGACGCCGCGUGAGCAGGCUUUUAUCAUGGAGAGAGCCUGCCUCCAGCUCCCGCGAUCAUACAAACUCUGGAAGAUGUAUCUGAGGUUCAGGACGAAACAUGUCGCCAAGCUCAACGCCGCCAUCUGGGCUGCCGAAUACCGAAAAGUCGAUGCGUUGUUUGAGCGCGCGCUGAUCCUGCUAAACAAGAUGCCGCGCAUCUGGGAAAUGUAUCUCAAGUUCCUGAUGCAGCAGCCGCUCGUGACCCUCACCCGCCGUACCUUCGAUCGAGCGCUCCGGGCGCUUCCCAUAACCCAGCACAACAGGAUAUGGGCCCUCUUCCGGCCGUUUGCCAACUCGGCAGAAGGCGACACGGCCGUUAGGAUCUACCGGCGGUACAUGCAGGUCCAUCCCGAGGACGCCGAGGACUUCAUCGAGCUGUUGGUCCAGGUCGGCCUGUACACGGAAGCGGUGCACAAGUACAUCGACAUACUGAACAACCCGCGCUUCACAAGCAAGAAUGGCUGCGGUCACUACGAACUGUGGAGCGAUAUGGUGGACUUGCUUGUCGGGCAUGCCCCCGACAUUCAGACCGGCCAUGAGACGGGCAUCGACGUAGAGCGCAUCAUCCGGAGUGGCAUUCAGCGGUUUGCCGAUCAGAGAGGAAAGCUGUGGUGCGGGUUGGCGACAUACUGGAUCCGGCGUGGUAGCUUCGAACGAGCCAGGGACAUAUUCGAAGAGGGCAUCACAACGGUCAUGACGGUCCGAGACUUCACUCUCGUGUUCGACAACUACGCCGAGUUCGAGGAAUCCAUCACUGUAGUCCUGAUGGAGCAAGCUUCCACGAGGGCCGAAAAGGGCGUGGUGGAUGAAGCAGCCGACUUCGACCUGGAUAUCCGUAUGCAGCGGUUUGAGCAGCUCCUAGAUCGCCGCCAGUUCCUGCUGAACGAUGUUAUGCUCCGGCAAAACCCGAACAACGUCACGGAAUGGGAGAAGCGGGUCGGUCUAUGGGGCGAAAAUAAGCAGGAGGUGGUGCAGACAUAUACCGACGCCAUCGCCGCCAUCCAGCCCAAGAAGGCUGUUGGUCAAUUCCAUCAGCUGUGGGCGAAUUAUGCAAAGUUCUACGAGAGUGGUGGUGACAUACGGAAUGCCCGUGUCAUCAUGGAGAAGGCCGUCAAAGUGCCCUUCAAGUCAGUCGCCGAGCUCGCCGAUAUGUGGAUCGAAUGGGCUGAGAUGGAGCUCCGGAACCAGAACUUUGAUGAUGCGAUCAAGGUCAUGGCCAAGGCUGUCCAGGCGCCCAAGAGAUCGACAGUCGACUACUUUGACGAGACCUUGUCGCCACAACAGCGAGUCCACAAGAGCUGGAAGCUAUGGAGCUUCUACGUCGAUCUGGUGGAGAGCGUGAGCUCGCUCGAAGAGACCAAGAAGGUUUACGAGAGGAUAUUCGAGCUCCGCAUUGCUACUCCCCAGACCGUGGUGAACUACGCCAACCUCCUCGAGGAGCACAAAUACUUCGAGGAGUCUUUCAAGAUCUACGAACGGGGUCUUGAUCUCUUCAGCUACCCGGUCGCCUUUGAGCUCUGGAAUCUCUAUCUCACAAAGGCGACGGACCGCAAGAUUAGCAUCGAGCGGCUACGAGACCUCUACGAGCAGGCUGUCGAGGACUGCCCUCCCAAGUUCGCCAAGGUCAUCUACCUCAUGUAUGGCAGUCUCGAGGAGGAACGCGGACUCGCUCGCCACGCCAUGCGUAUAUACGAGCGCGCCACCCGCGCCGUGUCCGACGAGGACCGAGCAGACAUGUUCAACUUUUACAUUACAAAAUCCGCCUCCAACUUUGGCCUGCCGUCGACGCGUCCCAUAUACGAGAACGCCAUCGGCACGCUACCGGACAAGGAGGCUCGCGACAUGUGCCUGAAGUUCGCCGACAUGGAGAAGAGGCUGGGCGAAAUCGACCGCGCCCGCGCCAUCUACGGCCACGCCUCGCAGUUCUGCGACCCCCGUACCAACCCCGGCUUCUGGUCCAAGUGGGAGCAGUUCGAGGUGCAGCACGGCAACGAGGACACCUUCAAGGAGAUGCUCCGGAUCAAGCGGAGCGUGCAGGCCCAGUACAACACCGACGUCAACUUUAUUGCCUCGCAAGCGCUGGCCCGCAGCCAGAAGAUGCAGCAAAACGUCGGCGAGGACGUCGACCAGUAG